GGCACUUGCUUGUCUAUUUAGUUAAAUGUUUCUAUGGUUAAUUUCGUAUGUUUGUCGUGAACGUAGCGUGAUGGUGUUUUGGCCUGUAGUGAUGACGUAGGCAACACAGUUUAAUGUAAUGGCUCCCACAGCCAAGACACCGAGAAGAGGAGGUAGAAAAUCCUUCGGAGACGACCUCAAACUCUUGGAUUAACGUAACUCCCGAUGUACAUGAGGUAUUUUUCCAGGGCGUUUUCAGCUAUGGCUGGACCCAGGCCUGUGGUGCUCAGCGGCCCGUCGGGGGCAGGCAAGAGCACUCUGUUGAAGAAACUCAUGAAAGAAUAUGACAGCGUCUUUGGCUUCAGUGUCUCCCAUACAACGAGAAAUCCUCGACCUGGAGAAGAGAAUGGCAGAGAUUACCAUUACGUUACACGGGAGGUGAUGCAGGCAGGGAUCGACAACGGCGAUUUCAUCGAGAACGCAGAGUUUUCGGGGAACAUGUACGGGACGAGUAAAGCCGCUGUGCAAGACGUCCAGGCCAAGAACCUCAUCUGUAUCCUUGACAUCGACAUGCAGGGUGUGAGGAACAUCAAAAGGACAGACCUCAAUCCCAUCUACAUCUCCAUCCAGCCGCCGUCUAUGGAAAUCCUGGAAAAACGUUUAAGAGACAGAAAAACCGAAUCAGAGGAGAGUCUCCAGAGGCGUUUAUGUGCAGCUAGGGUGGAUAUGGAGUUCAGUAAAGAGCCUGGUGUGUUUGAUGUCAUAAUUGUCAAUGAUGUUUUGGAGGAAUCUUAUGGGCAGUUAAGAAAUGCUCUUCUUGAGGAAAUUAAUAAGGUCAAGAAAAUCAGCACGUCUUUGUAGGGGACAGCAGCAUCCUCCAGUCCCGUCCAGCCACUCCUCACAGAACAACAGACCUCCAUUCCAGUCUUGUACAUUCCCUCAGAUGGUGGCCUGUGAAGACAACAUCCUCUACAGAUAUACCAACAUGUAGGGUUUUACAUGGUGUUUAAAAGUAGUUAUUACCAAAUGAUAAUGUGUUGUAAAGUGGAACAUCUUUUUUUUUUCUUCUUACUGACGGGAAGCAUUUUUACUUUCAUGAAAUGAAGCUACUCCAAGAAUUUUUACUUGAAGUGUGACUAGCAUGGUAUGCAGGCAGUUCUGUGUCGGACAGAAGUCGAUACGUGCAGCCUUUGUUCUCACAGCACAAACAGGAAGUAACAGAACUUCAUUCCAUCAAGUGGACAAACCUGUUUUUCAAGGGGUAUGAAAAAUGCACAUAUUUGGAUUUGAUGGCUCGUGGUGCCAAGUUGUGCUACUCUAAUCACUUCAGGAUUUUUAUUUUUGUGUAACCAGCCAAGUGUACUGGUGACACACAGUGAGAGUUUAAUGUCAGCACUCAGGCCGCUGUUGGUGUCAAGUUCAGGAGGGAAACUCGUCUCUGGCGGCUGCUUUACUUUCAGCUGUACUUUUAAAACAACAGAAUUAUUCCAGUGCUGGUAAAUGCUUUUCCUUAAUGUGCUAACUCCAUUGUAGUUUUGUUUGCUGGUUAAAUACAGUCGUGCUGUAGUAGGAUUAAAUCCCAUCAUAGAGUUGGAAAUUAUGCUUGGAACAAAGUGUAACUAAGUUUAGAGCUUUUUUUAUUUAUAUUUUUUGUUUGUGUGUCGGGGGGGUAUAACAGACAAUUUAACUGUUUUUAUUUUACUGUUGUAAAUUUGUAAAACUUUUAUAUUGAGUAACUUUAUUACUUUGCAGCUUCACCUGUACAGUAAAUGAUGUUCAGUGGAUUUGAUUCUUCAAGAACAAAGGGUUAAAUGGCAUAUUUAUCUUUUUUAUAUGUGAAUUAGAAUGAAGCACACAGUAAGUCCUUUUACUUGAAAACUAAAAAAAAAAAAGUAGAAUUCAUUAAUUGGCAUGAUUUUUUUUUAUUACAUUUUUUAAUUUUGUGGAUGUUAAAACUAUCCAUGCCAUUCUAUUCAGGUCCCUCCUAAGAUCCUUUCCUUCACGCUGAUUGGUUUGUGUUCCUGAUAUUACCGACUGUCCAGUUAAAUAUGUUAUGUGAAAAUGUAACAUCAUGCUUCCAGUCCUCUGAUUUGUCAUUUCAGAUUAAAUCAGCCCUUACAUAAA